CCAAAAUUGUGUUAAGUUUGGUUUGGUCGAUGUGAAUUAUUUUACCACUCAGCACAAGUUUUGCAUCACUUAUGACGAUAAAUUAUAAGAUAUGAGACAUGGAGCGCCACGGCCCGCCUGGUGUGAACUCGCGCGCGCUCAGCGCGGCGCACUCUGCUGCAGACCUCGAGGUGCUAAGAGAGAUAGAAAACGUAUACUUCUCACCUCCAAGCGAGUUCGACGCGGCGCGCCACGCGCUCGAGAGCGCGCCCGACCCGCCCACCUGCGACGCUAUAGAGCAGAUGUUCACUAAACUGAAGAGACAGCAGCAGGUGGUAUCCGGCAAAGCGUUGCACCUCAUCUCCCAACAGCGCGACAACUGCGAUCGCGAAUUCGCGGAAAUCCAGAACAUUCGCGAACAGCUCGCCACCACCCUCCACACCUGCCAAACCGCGCGGACCCACCUCCGAACCGCCUCCAACCACCUAACAAUCUCCACCUUCGUCAUCCUGGCUAACUUCAGGAAACGGCAGAUCAUCAGGUCAGUCCUCAAGUCUUUAGAACUACUUAGAAGCUUGAGAAGCGUCGAGAAAGAUGUCCAGGAGUUACUCGUUAAGAAGGAGUAUUGUGAAGCCAUUGAGCUGAUUUUGAAGAGUCGGAAAGCUGCUGCGAAUCAUAGGGAGUAUACUUGUAUAGCGGAUUUAGCUACAAGGUUACAGGAUACUUUAGACAUGACUGAAGAGAAGUUAGACUCAGUUUUAGCUAGCAUUUGUUAUAACUUCGACGGAGACACUUUUAGUAAGCUCAGGAAAGCGCAUGCUUUACUUGGGAAAAGUCAAGCAGCCAUGGAACAGUUGCAUAUGCACUACUCCUCGGCAGUUAAUGAAACAUCUUUAAAAUCUGUUAAAGAUUGCAUUGGAGAAGUAUCAAUCGAAGUGAAGUUUCAAGAGAUGUGUCAAUCGGUACCAAAAGAUAAAGCGGCUGUUUGCUUUUUAAAUCUUUGCGAGAACUUGUUCUUAAUCAUGAGGAGUUACUAUUUGCUGGUUAAAUGGCAUUCGAAACAUGAAGACGAAGAUUUGCCAAGUUCAAGUGCUUUUGAAAUAGAAAGGAAUGUUAGUAAGGAAUAUAUAAAACAGAAGUUGAAAGGAGGUCUAGUGAGAAUCUGGCAUGAUGUCCAGACUAAAGUAUCGAUAUUUUUAAAGAGGGCCUAUAUAGAGGAUUUCGCUUUUGAGAAAUUUAUUCUGAUACUAGGUAUUUUGAGGCGGUUGAUGCAAGUAGCGGAAGUAUUUUGUGGCGACAAGUCAGAUAUUCUAGAGGAUUUUAUAAAGAGUCACAGCAUGUCGUAUAUCAAGAAUUACCACAGAGGACGCAUGGAGGAGCUUAAACUCUUCCUUGAGAAUGAAGGAUGGGAGCAAUGUCCUGUCAAAUCAACUUUUACGUUGCUAAACCUUCAAGAAUUUAAGAAGUUCAAAAAAUAUUUAAAUCCUAACUUUGACACGUCAUUAUCUAAAGUCAGCACACUGUCUGAUGGGACUUCUUCAGUGCAUUCUCAAGAUGACAGCGUAUAUAUUGCGAAGUACUUCAAUCAAAAGACUACACAUACUCCUUUCGAGAUUUUCAGAAGCGACAAUGUGACUAAUGAUGAUAUAUUUGGUCUAGAACCUGAGUUAGACGGCAGUGAUACUUCUGAUGACGAACCGGAAGAAUUGAAGAGAGAUUUUGUGGACGAUGACGCCAAAAGUCCAUCGAAAGCUAAACACUCCGUCAUAGUAACUAACACUACUUUAUCGGUUCUACGAAAUUGCGGGCAAUAUCUACAAAUCUGUAGAUAUCUCCCACAGAUAUCUUUAGAAGUCGUCAUGCUUAUGAACCAGCUUUUCGACUUCUAUUUCACAGUACAUCUAUUUUUCACUUCGGAUUUGGAUGUAGCUUCAACCACGUUGUAUACUCCGAAGUUGACAGCUGCAUUAAAAAGAAUAUCAAACUCCAUAGACACUUCCAAUUCAGGAGAUUCCAAAACCUUCCUCUGUCCAGAAAUACCUCAACAUUUAGACUUAUCUUCUGAAGAGUAUCUCCACGGUUUAAGCGAACGAAUAGUAGCGGUCGAAAGCGUAAUUUUCCUAGCGAAGCAAUUUGAGUUUCUACAACCAUAUUUAGAAUCAAUAGUGGCUCAGCAUCAAAAACUAGUUUUAGAGCAUUUUAGAGACAACACCCUCGCCAGUGCUGUGGAUUUAAGAAUGCCUGUAUACAUGUGUUCUGCCUCAAAAGCUGUAGAUGCUAGAACGACAUUACUGGCCAUGUCCCAAGUGAGAUGGGAUGUCAAAAAUGUCGAAGUUGAGAACAGUCCUUACGUAGACAUGAUAACUCGUAAAAUUCAAGUGUUUGCUUUAAGGUUAGAGAAUAUAUCUAAAAAGGUUACUCUUAAUUUGGAAGUCAUAAACUCAGUUUGGGCUAUGGUGUCUAAAUUCAUUGUUCAUUUGUUGGUAGAAGGCUUUUCAAACGCUACGAAAUGUUCAAAUGGAGGCCGAGGUCUUAUGCAACUAGAUUACCGACAAUUGUUUGUGAAGAUAGAGAAGAAUUCAGGUCUUAAACCGGUUCCGUACCAAGAGUAUGUAGACAGGUACGUAAAGGCGUACUAUUUACCCCGGAAUGAGUUGGAAGAGUUUAUCAGAGAGAGGUUAGAAUAUUCGAACAAACAUUUGCUAGCGUUGGUGAGCUGUGCGUGUGAAAAUAAGAGAGAUCGGCAAGAACUUACUGCUGUUAUAGAGAAGAGAGAUACUUAGGAGUAACACAAGCAUUUGCCACGGCUCAUGGGAGCCUGGGGUCCGCUUUGACAAUCCCAAGAUUUGGUAGGCAGUUUUUACGAAAGCGACUGCCAUCUGAC